UAUAUACAGAGAGCCCCACCAGAUGCAAUACACAGCCGGCCACUGCUCUGUCACAGCAACACUGCCAAUCAUCUCUAUUCAAGACCGCGUUUCCUAAUUUUUGUUGUUGUUAGCUCUUUCUUUCUACUUGCCAUUCCGUUGAUUUGCUUUUGUCUUUUUCACAUCUAAUCUUUUGGUCGUCUUCAUGCUCAUCGGAUAUAUAUCAACUAAGGAUAUAUAUAUAGAGAGAUAGAGAAAUGAUCGGUGAAAGAUUAUGAGACAUUGAUCAUUCUGGAUAUACAGGGCUUCUUCAAGAAGAGGGAUUUGAAAGCUUUACUUUGGUGAUAUUAAUUAAUUGUUAAUGGGUUGCUUUCCGUGUUUUGAUUCAAGGGAUGAGGAUGAAAAGUUUAAUACGGACAAACAGAGAGAUGAUCACAAAGAUGGUCUUCCAACAGUCACCUCCAACAUAUCUAAACUCUCUUCUGGAGGAGAGAGGCCAAGACCAAGAAGCAAUGUGGGGUUAAUGAAGGAAGCAUCAGGUCUGAAGGAUGUACCCAAUAUUAAUAUUGCUGCCCAUAUAUUCUCAUUUCGUGAGCUUGCAGCUGCAACAAAGAAUUUCAUGCCAGACUCUUUCUUAGGGGAAGGAGGAUUUGGACCUGUGUACAAAGGGCGUCUUGAGAGCACGGGUCAGGUCAUUGCUGUUAAACAAUUGGACAGGAAUGGGCUUCAGGGUAACAGGGAAUUUCUGGUGGAAGUUCUCAUGCUCAGCCUCCUGCAUCAUCCUAACCUAGUGAAUUUGAUUGGGUAUUGUGCUGAUGGGGACCAGAGGCUUCUUGUCUAUGAAUUCAUGCCCUUGGGAUCGUUAGAAGAUCAUCUACAUGAUAUUCCCCUUGAUAAAGAACCAUUAGAUUGGAAUACAAGAAUGAGGAUAGCAGCGGGUGCAGCCAAAGGUUUGGAAUACCUCCAUGACAAAGCAAACCCUCCAGUUAUUUAUAGGGACUUCAAGUCAUCUAACAUAUUAUUGGACGAAGGAUUUCACCCAAAGCUUUCUGACUUCGGGCUAGCAAAGCUUGGUCCUACGGGUGACAAGUCACAUGUAUCAACCAGGGUCAUGGGCACUUACGGUUAUUGUGCUCCUGAAUAUGCCAUGACCGGGCAGUUGACAGUGAAGUCUGACGUCUACAGUUUUGGGGUGGUCUUCUUAGAGCUUAUUACUGGACGUAAAGCCAUUGACAACAAGCGACCCCAAGCAGAACAGAACCUUGUCAUAUGGGCGCGUCCUUUGUUCAAUGACCGCAAGAGAUUAGCAAAGUUGGCAGAUCCACUGCUCCGGGGUAAUUUUCCAAUGCGAGGUCUCUACCAGGCUCUAGCUGUGGCAUCCAUGUGUAUUCAAGAACAGGCUGCUGCCCGUCCCCUCAUUGGGGAUGUGGUCACUGCCCUCUCUUAUCUGUCGAAUCAGGCGUAUGACCCUAACGCGUCCCUUGGGCAUGGCAACAGAUUUUCCGGGGAUAAGGAUGAUAAAAGAAGCAAAGAUGAGAGAAAUGGAAGAAUAUCAAAGAACGAAGAGGGGGAAGAAUCCGGACGCAAAUGGGACCUUGAAGGACCUGAGAAGGAUGACUCUCCAAGAGAAAAUGCAAAGAAUACGGAAAGGGAACGAGCUGUUGCAGCUGCAAAAUUGUGGGGAGAGAAUUGGCGAGAGAAAAGAAGACAAAGUGCUCAAGGCAGCUUUGAUGGCACUAACGGGUAAUACUCGAACAUAAAACACUUAGCUCCAUCUUCCACCUUGCUGCUUUUCUGCUUUCAGACCAGAGGAGUUGAGAGACAUUGAAAGUUGAGCCUUCCAUGAGCGUGUUUAAACAACUUGCCGAGUGUUUGGAGAUCAUGGGAAGGAAACUGGGCUCAAUAUUCCUCUCUUUUUAUUGCAACUUUUGUUUUUCUUUUCCUCAAAGGAGAGGAAUAAGAGUGUAAAUUGAGAAUCAGAUUAGGACGUAUUUAAAAAUUUUGUGAGCAAACACGUCUCAUGUUAUACCUCUGCUAGAAUUUGUAGGUUGUUUCUACUCUUAAACGUUUUAUGGUGUCUGUAAUCUUUUUCAGCAAUAUGUUAUAAAGUGAUUGAUGAAUUAUAUUAUUAA